AUGGACCUAACGGACCUGACGAUACAGCCGGGCAAGAUACACCUUGUGCGCGAGAUCCUGCGAGAUGGAGUAACCGGCUCUGUGCGAGUGCUGGGAAGUCUGAAGAGCUACGACGCGGCGGCGGACGUGGCUGUGGUUGACUACAAAGGCGAUCAGCUCACGAUCGACGCGUGUCUGCUGACGGACUUCCAGUUCAGGAUCGAUUCACUUUACGAGUUCAUCGGCGAGGUUCAGGGCGCUGCAGGUGCGGCGCGCGUUUCUCGCCGACCCGGCCUACCAAGGUGGGGGGGCGCCCUCUGCUCUAUAGCUAGAGGAUUAACAGCGGGGGCAGCGACAACGACAGCGGCAGAACGACUUUCGAUUGGAAUCAUGGAUGUAUCUGUCCCUGAACGAGGGGAAACGAGUCGAAUCCCCCCGCCGGCAACGCCUGAGAAAGUCAAGGUGCACUUCAAGCCGAUCGCAAACGCCCCCAUCCUCAGGAAGAGCAAGUUCCAGGUGAAUUCCGCUUGGAACUGUUCGGAGCUGGAAGCGUCUCUCCGAAGCAUGCUCCAAAUCUCGGAUACAACUCCCCUGUUCCUGUACUGCAACAGCGCUUUCGAGCCUAGCCCGGACCAGAGCCUUUCCGACCUAUACAAGUGUUUCAACGUGAACAAGGAGCUGCUGAUGAACUACAGCAUCACGGAAGCGUGGGUGUAGCCUCCCUUGAACAAAAAACUGCGCGCCGCCCGCUGUGAUUCAAAGAGUUUGGAGUGCACUGGGUUAUGCGUCGGUGGAAAAUAUCAUACCGGCUUGCAUAGACUGUCCUUCCGCACGUUUGAUUUGAUUACGGCGUCGAGCGCGUGUUUUGUCGAAUACGUUUCACAUUUUUCGGAGUCUUUGUUUCCGUAUGCCUGAGUGGCGACGAUUUGGAUUUGCACAGACAAUUUCGUUUUCACUACUGUUCAUGUGUCUAGCGGGAUUUUGGCGCCGUUUGCUUACACGGAACAUCACGCACAUGAAGUGCAAGCUGCGUCCGCCAUGUUCUCCCGCUGCAGCCGUAGCAGCCGCAGCAGCAGCAGCACGCAACACUAAAAAAAAAUCAUGAUCACAACCAAAAUAUCCCCUUGACUUUGUGCAAAAACAUUAUCACAUCCGAGCCGCUUUACUUCAUUCAAGAAUCGCACACGCGAAUCACUCCGAAGAAGCUGCGUAUGCCGCGGCGUGUUUCGCGCCGGCGAGCAAAUGGAACAGAACAACCCCCCCGGUGACGCUAACGUUGAGCGAGUCAACCGUCGAAGGCGUCGCCCCCUCGGCCAGCGCGCCCCCGCCGUCCCCCGCGACCUCCACCAAGAACUCGCACUCCCUCAGGACGUUGGUGCGCACGCCGUACCCCUCGUUCCCGAGCACUACGAUAGUCGGCGGGGCCCCCGGGCCCGCUGGGAGCUCGUGGAGCGGCCCCGACCUCUC